AUGAAAACGGAAACUGUUCGUCACAUCAAAAAAUGUUUUGGUUACGCUGUUCAUCAAAACAAAGGUAAAGCUAAAGAAUUAGCAGAUACUCUUCGAUCAAUCCCAGAUCAUUUGUUUAAUCGUCAUGAAAAAUGCGGUUCUUGGUGUAAGCGUGAUUUGAAGCCGCAAAAAAUAAUACUUCAAGAUUCGAAAUUGUAUAAGGUUUUAGAAAAUAUAUUCAUCAAGUAUGCGAACAAUGCCUCAAAGUUUUCUGUUGCAGCUUCCAGCCAAGGAAAUGAGAGUUUUCAUAAUAUUGUAGCUCAUAAAUCUCCAAAAAAUCAUUCCUACAGCUUGUCAGAAUCAUGCAGCUACCGUGUAGCAAGUGCGGUUGCGACAAAAAACGAGGGAGAUAGUCAUUUGCUAAAUGUAAAAGAAAAGCUGUCAUUAUCUCCAGGAAAACAUACAUCUGCUUUUGUUACCAAAAAGGACGAAGUAAGAAAGAAAAGGGCAAUAAAAGCGAAAUUGCCUGCAACUAAAAGACGAAGAAUUUCAUUACAUGCAUCUACAGAAUCAUCAAGGAAACGAAAUGAAAGACAGGAAGGAAUUCAGUAUCAACCAAAUUGCGGGCUUGAAGUUGAUUUUGAAAGACCUCACAUUGUUCUGGACCCUCUAAUUGUAAAAAAUAAACUGCAAAAUAAUCCUAUUUCAGUGGAACAUUGUAAUUUAGUUUACUUCGACUUAGAAACUUCUGGUUUGUCAAAACAAUCAGACAUUUUACAAAUAGCUGCAAAAUGUGGAGAAAAAUCCUUCGAAACCUACAUAAAUCCAACACAACCUGUAACUCCUGAAGCCUUUAAAAUUACAGGUUUGGAGAACAUUAAUGGAGAUUUAUUUUUGUAUGGCAAACCACUAACAUCUAUCCCAUUGAAACAAGCGUUAAUUAAAUUUCAACAGUUUUUGACAGAGUUGAAUCCGUGCGUAUUGGUUGCUCACAAUGCAAAAUUUGAUGUUUCUCAUUUUCUCCAAGCAGUAACUACGUCAUCUAUGAUAGAAAACUUUGAUGGUAUUGUGGGAUUUUCGGAUUCUCUAACUUUGUUUAAAAAAGCUUUCCGGAUCGAAAAGGUUUAA